AUGAAUCUCUCAUCACGAGAGAAGUUAUCCUCAUCAUACUCAGAUUCUCAAAAUAAAUAUACCUGGAAAUGGGAUUUUAGUUUCGGUGGUGGUAAAGGCUCAUCAUCAAGAUCAAAUAAGACUUUACCUUAUAUCGCCUAUGGAGCUUCAGCUCUUUUGGGUUUAUUGGUUCUCAAUGAGUUGAGAUACAAAGAGAUCUCAUGGAAAGAUUUUGUCAACAACCAUUUGGCUCGAGGAACCGUUGAAAAGUUAGAGUCUGGACUACUAUCAACUAAUCGUAGUGAUAUUCUUGAUAAAGCUCUUCUCCGACCAGGUCGUUUUGAUCGUCAAAUUUAUGUCUCUGCUCCAGACAUUAAAGGUCGAGCUUCCAUUUUCAAGGUUCACCUUAAACCCUUGAAAACUGAUCUGGACAAAAAUGAUGUCGCUCGUAAACUUGCAGCACUAACACCAGGUUUCACUGGUGCCGAUAUUGCAAAUGUUUGCAACGAAGCGGCGCUUAUCGCUGCUCGAGAUCUUGGUAAGACCAUUGUUUUGAAAAACUUUGAGGCUGCAAUUGAAAGAGUUGUUGCUGGUAUGGAAAAAAAGACUCAAGUUCUUCAGCCAGAAGAAAAGAAAACAGUCGCUUAUCACGAAGCUGGACACGCGGUUGUCGGCUGGUGCCUCGAACACGCUGACCCUUUACUAAAAGUGUCGAUUAUUCCUCGUGGUAAAGGGCUAGGUUACGCCAUGAAUCUUCCUCGGGAACAAUAUUUGUACACCACAGAGCAAUUGUUUGAUCGAAUGUGUAUGACUUUGGGCGGACGCGCUUCGGAGCAAAUUUUCUUCAACAAAAUAACCACCGGUGCUCAAGAUGAUCUUCAAAAAGUGACACAAAACGCUUAUGCACAGAUUGUACAAUUCGGUAUGAAUUCAAAGGUUGGAAAUUUAUCCUUCGAGAUGCCACAACCUGGUGAACUUGUAGUGGACAAACCAUACAGCGAAGCUACUUCACAGUUGAUAGAUAACGAGGCUCGAGCAUUAGUUCAAAGAGCCUACGAUAGAACAAUCAAAUUAUUAACAGAAAAGAAAGAAGAUGUCGAAAAGGUAGCACAAAGGCUUUUGGAAAGAGAAGUUCUUGGUAAAAGACCGUUCAAAGAGAAGAGCACGUACGAGGAAUUCGUAGAGGGAACGGGAUCAUUUGAAGAAGACACUAGUUUACCAGAAGGAUUAAAGAUGUAAUUUAUAUUAUUGUAGAACCACCAGAGAGAUAUUGAUGCUUUUCGAUUAACCUUAAAUUAAAUGUUCCAUUUUGAUU